AUGCUAGCAAUUAGCGCAUUCUGCUGGGUGGUGAGGAGGAUGGAUCUCUUGACCGGCGCCAUCCGUCGCAGUGUGACCUGCAUGGACAAGGUCAACGUUUCGGGGUUGAAGGGGCUGCGAAAUGGGAUGAUAACAUUCGUCAAGGAGCACGUCGCUCUCAAAAGGUCGGGCCAUGUCAGAGUUGCUGCCGACGCCUGUGACGACGACGGCGAGGAGGCCUCUUCGGCAUCCCAAGCAGUAGGUGUCGCCCACACCGUCAAUGAUGCGCGUGGGACUUCGAUCGGAGAGCCCGGAGGCGGCGUCGACAAGGCAGAUGAGGAGGCAGGAAGGGCGGUGACUGGGACCGCGGAGAAGCACCAGGACGAGGACGUCCAUCGGGAUGAUAACGAGGAUCAGGAAGAGGAGGACGAUGAGGAUCGUGAGAAGGAGGAGGAGGAGGAGGAGGAGGAGGAGGAGGAGGAGGAGGAGGAGGAGGAGGAGGUGGAGGAGGAGGCGGAGAAGCAGCAAGAGGGGGAGCAGGAGGAAGAGGUCGAGUGGGAGUUGGAGGAAAUGGAGGUGGAGUACUUAGAGGGAGCAGCGGAAAUGGGUGGGAGGUUGGCGGAUGUUGUGAACGAGGGAGGGGAGGAUGCUGACGAGGAGAGAGUCGGCGUGGAGGCGGCUUGCGGGGGGAGUGAGAAGGUCGUGGUCGGCGAAGUGGUUGGCGACGCGAAGGAAGUUGUCGACCUCGAGGCCGUUGGAGAAGGGGAUAACGCCGCGGCCACGAAGCAGACGGGUGUGGACGGGCCUACCGAGACCACCGCAGGGAAGGCGGGGGGGGGGAGCGGUCUAGGAAGAAAAAGGCUGCGCGCGGUCAUCCCGCGUGGGUCGUCGCCGUUGGCCAAUGACGCCGAUCUCGCGCAACGAAGGGAGGCCGACAAGCAGGGCAAAAAAAGGGCAGGCGGCGGAGAUGAUGCGGGGAGCGUGAAGCGGAGCAAGGGAGCCGAUGGGAGCCGCGGCGUUGGCGCGAUGGGUCCAGGCGGCUCGCGGACUCGAGGUCAGAGCGUGGUCGACCAACUCAAGAAGAACGGGGCCAAGGUGAUAAGGUCGCACAGCAAGGGCGAUGGAAUCGGGAGUGCAGAUGGGGGCCAUGCCGAUGAGGUUGCCGCUCAAGACGCUGGACCAACAGCCUCGCCCCUGGUCGCCGAGAAGCCCUAUGGUCUGGCGAGCGGCGGGAAAGGCUUGAGUGACAAGGAGAUCCCAAAUGCUCAAACGGCGAUAGAUGGUGGCGCCAGAACCCUCAAGGGACCGUCUGUCGGGGUGGCGGGGACCAUGUCGAUUCCCCAUAAACCCCCUGCGGCUAGCAGCGCGCUGGUCGGCCCGUCAGCCGCCAACAACGAUGGGCCGGCCCUUGCGGCUACUCUAGCUCCAGCAGGCCCGUCUGCCGCUAAGGGCGACGCGAAGGAUGCUGCGGCUAACCGCGAUGGUCCGUCCGCCACUAAGGUGCCCGCAGCGACGAACACGCUCAGAGAAACGCUCCACCGCAUGGAGGCCCAUCGCAAGGACGUGCAGAAGCCUCCCUUGGUCGAUGCCGCCCCCGCCGAAACAGCACGUCGCUCUGUCACUCUGUUCGAUGAUAUUCUUGGCAAGUAUCGAGCGUACAAGAGCUCAGGCGAUGCGCACCACGACGCACUCUUGUCGGCGAUCUGGUUCCCCGUCGAUGCCGUCACAAAGGAAUUCAAGGAGAAGUCGGAUGCUAUGAUGUUGGCCAUGAUAGGUCGUGUGUCCAUGUGCGCUGCGUAUGGGAAGGUCGCUGUGAGCGCCGCGAGGAAGGAGGGAGACACUGAUGAGAAGAUGGCGAUGGUGGCACAUGCCUUAUCGGCCUCCACUUGCGCCGUGUGGUGCUUAGUCGAGAACGACGACGCCCAGGUGGACGAUGCUGUGGGCGAAGGGAAGGCGGCGGCGAUGGUGGUCAGUGCGAGCGAGAAGACCGCCUGUGUCUUCAAGGAGGUCAUGCAGGCGGUGCUGGAGGCCGAGAUCGACAGGGAGCAACCCCUCGGGGAGGUUGCGCACAACGUUGCGCCGGCGCUGCAGAGUCUCGCUCUGCACCGGGUCUAUCCGGGGGUGGAUCAUGAAGUCGAAGCCGACGUGAUCGCUAGAGCGACGGUGGAGACCUUGGCGUUCUGGGGAAUGUGCCCUGUCGCCAGGCCGAAACUCGAAGAGAUCGGCAUCGCGGUGCUAUGUGAUGCGCAGAUGGAGUACGAUAUUGAACACAGGGGGAGGAAGGGGUAG